UCUUAGUAAAAGGGGUUUGGUCUGUUGGGCGCGCGGUGAAGAUACCUAUUUGAAAUUAAAAUGGCGGAAAAUGAGACUGGAGUUGAAAACGGCCUUAGCCGUAUUUGUGUAGACGAGACUUCAGUUCAGGCAUCGAAAAGAUGUUCCUCCUCAGUCCCAGACUCAGUCCCUUUACUCAAAUCACCCCGGAUCGAGUCUCCAUCAAAAACAACACAGAUGGCAGAUCCGAGAGAGGAACAGUCAGAGCUGAAUAAGCAAGAAAUGGAGACGGACAUCACAGAGAGACCAUCUCAACCAAACAAAUCAUUUAGGAGAGCCACUAUAACCCGACGCUCACUCCCUGCCCUUCCUAACCCAUAUGAAGCUUUGUGCAGAAGCAUUAGUCCAUCAUUAUCACAAGAAGAGAGACUGGAAAAGCUGUUGGAGGCAUCAAUGGAGAUGGCACUUGAAAGGACCAAGACUUCACUCGAGUCUAUGCCAAAUGCUUCACUCGAGUCCUUUAAAAAACAAGUUGAAAAAAUCAAAAAUGAGUGGAGCUGCUUGACUAAAAAUAUGAACAAGGAAACGCAUCAACCCCCUUCAAGUCAAUCCAGUCAACCAGCCAUGCAAAAAACCAUGGAAAAUAUCCAGAAAGCAAUCAGCAGGCUCAAGGCUGAAAGUGACUCUUGGGAGGAUCUUCUCAACAAACACAGGAGUAAAGCAGAGGAACUGGAAAAGAAGGUGAAGAUGGGACAAGAGGCGGGAAUAUCACUAAACCCAACAUCUAUUGUCCAGUCGUUGCAGUACCAUGUCAUACAGAGUAAACCCAACUACCGCAGUGUCCUAUGUAGGCAACAACGCAUGAUGCAUUCAACAGCCAUGAUUAUGGACACUCAGUGUAAAAUGAUAAGGCAGCUACUUGCCAUCAAGGAGCAAUCCCAGCUGUUGGUAAAACAUACCAGUGGCCAAUUGGCUGAGGAGGCGGGAAUCCAUGACCUUUCAUCAAACCUUCUUAUAAAUCUGAUGACGACACCUUCACAAAAGGCAACUACAUAUUCCAACUCCUCAAGAGACGAUGCUUCUAAGCAACUGAAUUAAAACAAAAAAGAAAAUGUUUAGACCUUUACAUCUUUUUUCUUGUAAUGUUUUUAAGGAAAGAAAGCUGCAAAUGUUAUUCUUCCUCAUACUGGACUGCCAGACAGUUCAAAUUAUACAUGUAUUUGACCAGCAGGUGGCAGUAGCUGACUAUUCUCAAAAUUAUGUUAAAAGGUGGCAAAUGGCCUGAGUGGAUUAUUAUUUGGCCCUUAAUUAAUUCUAUUAGCGUCUUCAAAUCCUAGUAGGGCUUGGACCAAUAGCUAAUGAUUAACAAAUUGAGCCCAAAUUUUGACAUUCUGGAAAGUGAAGUCAUUUCAGUGUAUGUAUUAAACUUGAGUGAAAAGCAGUCACCUUAAAUAAAAGUGAUUACCAGACUAAGGUAAUAGAUAUGAUCAAUUGCAUGUUUGCUGUAUAUAUUGUAUUUUUUAGACAAUGUGAGGCAUUAAAUAUAUUUGACACUGUAGCCCAUGUAAAAUAAAUAUCAAAACAAAAUAAACUGAAAGGUAAACCCCUGAAAGUGAACAUGGAGGGGGUUAGUUGAAAUGCAAA